UGUCACAAAGCUCGUGAGGUCAGCACCCAGCGUCAUUUAUUUUCUUGUCGCAUUUCCGCAAAUUUUCUGUAAAACGUAACAAUGUUCGAGGCACGUUUACUCAAAAGCUCGAUCCUCAAGAAGGUGCUGGAAGCCAUCAAAGAUCUGCUAACACAAGCCACGUUUGACUGCGAUGACAAUGGCAUUCAGUUGCAGGCCAUGGACAACUCCCAUGUGUCUCUGGUGUCCCUCACUCUCCGAGCCGAUGGCUUCGACAAAUACAGAUGCGACAGAAACAUUUCCAUGGGCAUGAAUCUGGGAAGCAUGUCCAAGAUCCUCAAAUGUGCAGGUGACAAAGACACAGUGACCAUGAAGGCUCAAGACAAUGCAGACACAGUUACAUUCGUCUUUGAGAGCCCCAACCAGGAAAAAGUCUCGGAUUAUGAAAUGAAACUUAUGAAUUUGGACCUAGAACAUUUAGGUAUUCCCGAGACUGAGUACAGCUGCACAAUCCGCCUGCCGAGUGGGGAGUUCGCGCGGAUCUGCCGGGACCUGUCCCAGUUCGGAGAGUCCAUGGUCAUAUCUUGCACCAAGGAGGGCGUGAAGUUCUCAUCGACGGGCGACAUCGGCUCAGCCAACAUCAAGCUGGCGCAGACCGCGUCCAUCGACAAGGAGGAGGAGGCCGUAGUUAUCGAGAUGGACGAGCCUGUCACGCUCACGUUCGCCUGCCAGUACCUCAACUACUUCACCAAGGCCACGUCGCUGAGCACCCAGGUCCAGCUGUCCAUGUCUGCUGACGUCCCGUUGGUAGUGGAAUACCGUAUCCAGGACAUCGGCCACAUCCGCUACUAUCUCGCGCCCAAGAUCGAGGAGGAAGACAGCUAGACUGAUCGCCAUUAAGUAUAAUGCUAGUUUUAAACCACACUAAUAAUUUAGGUUUUAUACAGCAUCGGUUACUGUUAUCAUGUCUUUGUGAUUGUCAAUUUCGAGAAUAAAUUUAGUUAAUUACAUAGUCUGGCUAUGGGAUUUUGCAAA